AUGGGUAAACAAACGAGCAGCAGACUCACCAAGAAGAAGAAAGUGAACAUUAUCAAAAAGAAGAAGGAAAAGGAUAGAAAGAUUAGAAAAGCAGCCAAGAAUGGUAUCGCUCUCCCAAGAAAUAAGUUAAAGAAGGAUCUCGGAAUUCCAAAUCUUCUUCCUGAUAAAAAACAAAUUCUUGAGAAGAUUUAUCAAAAACGACAAGCCGAAAAACAAGAAAAGAACGAAUUAAAGGCCAUAAGAAGAUUGAAAAAGAACAACGCGAACAAGAAACUAACAGACUCUCCGAGAUGGCUCACCUUCAAUAUUUGGCUCAACGUAAACAAAUGGAAUUUAAUGCUAAAGAAGAGUUGA